CUGGCUCCCCGCUUCCGGCCCAGCGGCGGAUGUUGGAGUUUGAAUUGUCUGUCAGUUAGCUAGGCUGCCGCUGCCAGAAAAACUCAGGAUGAGUGAAAACAAUGAUUUACACAUUCAAAGUUCAUCUUGUGUUCUCUGUGGACGUACAGAUGACUGCCCUGAAAAGUAUGGAGAAAAAAAGACCUAUGUGGAAUACAAUCUCACUGUUCAUUAUUACUGUUUGUUGAUGUCAAGUGGCAUUUGGCAGAGAGGGGAAGAAGAUGAAGGUGUAGAUGGAUUCUUAAUCACGGAUAUUAGAAAAGAAGUGAAUAGAGCUUCAAAACUGACAUGUAACAUCUGUAGAAAAAAGGGUGCUUCAAUUGGAUGUGUAGCCCCCAAAUGCAAACGAAGUUACCAUUUUCCUUGUGGGACACAAAAGGAAUGUAUUUUCCAGUUCAUGGAAGACUUCAGAUCUUACUGUUGGGAACAUAAACCAGUCCAAAAGUUUCCAGUUAAAGAAUCUGGAGGAACUUCACAGUGUACAAUAUGCCUGGAUUUGGUUGAACAACUUCCAAUAUACGCUGUAUUGAAAAGUCCUUGCUGUAAAAAUGCUUGGUUUCAUCGAGAAUGCUUGCAGUAUCAAGCUUUGAGUGCUGGGAUAUUUUUCUUUAGGUGCACAGUAUGCAAUAACAAGGACAAAUUUCAGAAAGAAAUGUUGAGAAUGGGCAUAUACAUUCCAGAAAGGGAUGCAUCUUGGGAACUUGAAGAGAAUGCAUAUGAAGAUCUACUGCACUGUUAUCAACAUUGUGAUAUUAGAAGAUGCCUGUGCAGGAAAGGAAGAGACUACAGUAAACCUGAUAGUAAAUGGGAAAUAAAGCGUUGCCAGUGUUGUGGUUCCCGUGGAACUCAUUUGGCCUGUUCAUCUAUGAAGUCAUGGGAGCAAAACUGGGAGUGCAUGGAAUGUAGAAAUAUCUUGGUAAAAUCAGGGAACUAUAGGAGACAGACAAAGCGUUCUUUGGCUACCUCUGAAAAGACAGAUGGGACAACUUGUUUGCUGGAAGAACCAUCUCCAAAGUGCCCUCGGCAGUCACCUGGAUCUCAACGCAAUAUUCUUCACUCACCAAAGAUUAUGUGCCAGAACAACUUGUCAACCUGCUCACACUUAGAACUUCCAGCAUCCAACAGAGUGAGGAUGUCCUUAUCUCCACUGAUGUCAAACAGGAACUGGUCCCCGAGGAAAAAGCAUUUAAGAAAGGAAAGAAGGGAAGUUUCUAAUAUACUGAAGGAGUUAAGGCUGCAAGUUAAUGCAAAAACUACAAGGCUUAACAUCGAUGCUGAAAAUAUCUGGAAUAGUGCUUUAAAAGGAUUUAGACAGAGCAACUUCAGUCCUACAAAUGCCAUUGAAAUAAAGUUCACAAACUGCAAAAGUAAAUCAAAGACAGACACUUCUGCUGCAAAAAAACGCCGUUUCUUCCAGUUACUAAUGCUUCACCUUCAGAAUUCAUCAUUGUUUGAGGGCUCUUCUGCAAAGAACUUGUCUCUUGAUUUUCAAGCUGUAAAGGAGAAUCUUUACUUUGAAGCUGGUAAAAUGAUCGCAGUUUCUCUGGUUCAUGGUGGCGCAUCUCCUGGUUUCUUUUCCCAAACACUGUUCAGUUGUCUUGUCUAUGGUCCAGAGAAUGUGAAGCCAGCUUUGGAAGAUGUUGCUGAUGCACAUGUCGCAGAAACAAUAAAAAUGAUAAAACAUGCAAAUAGUCUAUCCAGCCUACAGUCUACAAUAAACAACUGCUACGAGUUCCUUGGUGCUGCUGGAUGUUUAAGACCUAUAACAGCUUUGUGUGAUAAGGAUGUGCUGGUGAAUGACCUACUGAUCCACCAUGUGAUCAAGAGAAUCAUUUCACCUUUAGAAAGUUUUAGGCAAGGUUUGAGAACUCUUGGUGUGCUAGAGAAAAUGCAAAUGCAUCCGGAUGCAUUCUCUAGUAUAUUGUGCCACAAACCUGAAGGACUUUCAGUAGAAACUCUCUGUGAUCUCUUUACAAUCCAUUCCUCGUCAGAUGUAAAUGAAGUUGAAGGUGCUGAUUUUUGGAUGGCUUACUUGCAAGAUGUGAAAAGUGGUGAGUCUGUAGUGACAUUGGAGGAUAUUCUGCUCUUUGUAACAGGCUCUUUUUCUAUACCCCCCACUGGGUUUGAUCCUGAACCUACUGUUAAGUUUUCGCAUAUAAGGUAUCCUGUUGGAAACAGACUCCAUAAUUGCUUAGAGCUCCCUAUAACAAAGACGUAUGAGCAGUUUAAGAAUAAAAUGGAGUUCACCAUCAGAAACACACUAGGAGUUGAAAGAGAAUAAAAUUUUUGCUACAAACUGGAUGUUGAAAACUUCCAAAUCUCUGCAGGAAUGUCUGCUUGCAAAUUGCUACUGUAUUUUGGGACAGCAUACUCUCGGCCUUUUCCCCCAAGCAUAUGCUAAAAGUAGUAAUUUUGUAAGAUGGAAAACAAUUUUCAGAUGAAAAUGCUCUUUACCUGUCAAAACAUCUUCCUCUUUGAAGUUGCCUUUAAGAGUCAGCAGUCUCUUGGAGAAGUACUUUAAAUGUCUACUUUUGCUGUAGACAAGCAUGAAAUGUUGUCAAAUUAUGUAACAUUCUAGCUAUUUCCCAUGGGUAAGUAUGAUUGAUUUACAUACUUAAUUAGCUUAUUUAUUAAAGUUAAAUCGGGUACAUUUUGAAGAUCACUGCUGUAGAGCUUUGUCUCAAGUAAAACUGUGAUGUAGUU